GGCACCUUGCUGCCUGGAGCGCGGACUCGGUGCUGCAGCUUCUGAGAAAGGCUGUAGUUAGUUAGGGUUAGGGGAGAUCGGAGAUCAUACGAUUCCGUCAGAGGGUCCUCGACUGCAGUUAGUCUCCCUGACCCCCGGACUUUGAAAUGCUUUACCUGAUCGGCUUGGGCCUGGGAGAUGCCAAGGAUAUCACUGUCAAGGGCCUGGAAGCUGUCAGACGCUGCGACCGAGUGUACCUGGAAGCCUAUACCUCAAUCCUCACUGUAGGGAAGGAAGUCCUGGAAGAGUUUUAUGGAAAAAAAUUGAUUAUUGCUGAUAGAGAGGAAGUGGAACAAGAAGCAGAUAAUAUUUUAAAGGAUGCUGAUAUUAUUGAUGUUGCGUUCCUUGUGGUUGGUGACCCAUUUGGGGCUACAACACACAGUGAUCUUAUUCUGAGAGCAGCAAAGCUGGGAAUCCCUUACCGAGUUAUUCACAAUGCUUCCAUAAUGAAUGCUAUAGGCUGCUGCGGUUUACAGUUGUAUAAGUUUGGAGAGACAGUUUCUAUUGUUUUUUGGACAGACACUUGGAGACCAGAAAGCUUUUUUGACAAAGUGAAGAAGAACAGGCAGAACGGCAUGCAUACCUUAUGCUUGCUAGACAUCAAAGUAAAGGAGCAGUCUUUGGAAAAUCUAAUCAAGGGAAGGAAGAUCUAUGAACCACCUCGUUAUAUGAGUGUAAACCAGGCAGCCCAGCAACUUCUGGAGAUUGUUCAGAAUCAAAGACUACAAGGAGAAGAACCAGCAGUCACCGAGGAAACACUCUGUGUAGGCUUAGCCAGGGUUGGAGCUGAGGACCAGAAAAUCGCAGCAGGCACUUUGCAACAGAUGUGCACUGUGGACCUGGGAGGACCAUUGCAUUCUCUGAUUAUCACAGGAGGCAGCAUGCAUCCUCUGGAACUGGAGAUGCUAAGUCUGUUUUCCCUAUCAGAAGAGAGCACAGAAUCCCAGAGCACUGAUGGACUGUGAACACGGGCAUUUGCAUUUCCUUCCAUUAAGAUGUUCAUUUCAGCCAUAUGGGCCCAUACACCUAUUUAUAUAACAUAAGCAGGGAGGUUAUUUGGUUUAUCAAAUAAGUAUAAAAUAAGUGACCGAGAAGAAAGACAUGACGCAGCAAUUCUUUGUUUUCUGUUAGAGUUUUCCCUGGAUGCUUGUUGCUACACUUUUGGCAAUUUUUCAGGAAGAACUCAUAGGACACUUGUCAAGCUGGAGAACUUGUAACUAGACAUCCCUAGACAGAGUUGUCAGAAAAGCAAUUUUUACUUAGAAAACCAGUUUACACAGGUGAAACUUUAUUCUUCCUAAAAAAGCCAGGCACCUCCUUGACUGCAAGAUGGGUUGCCCUGGCUGCAGUUAAUAUGAGUUUGAAUAAAUGAGGUAGGAGGAGUUAACCCCAGUGCUCUUGAGCUCAACUGAGCACACGCCUUCAAACGAUGUUCUGAAUUGACUUAUGUUGUUGAGCUGACACCCUAAUAUGUGGCUUAUGCUCCGCUGGAUUUUGGAGGUUAUACAAUGACUGAAUUAUGAACGUUUGGUCAGCCACAUACAGUUACCAUUUGUUUUCACAUUCAAGCAGACAAGUACAAAAUUGCUGAUUACAAAAUAAAAUUACGUUUGAAGACAAUGGAUUACUCAAGAUUUUUCAUCCCACUUACUUAACAGGCUCAUAUAUAUACAGACACAUAUAUAGGUAUGUAUGUCUAUACCAGUUAUCACAUUCUUCUUACUAGUUCUAAAUAACACUUUGUUAUGUUUCAUGACAAACAUGGGGUUUUAUAUUGUUAGUUCAUAAAAGAAAGAGCUUUGCUACAUGUGAGUUUAGUUGAUCUCAGUGAGUAUUUCCAUGGCCUCAUCAACUUGUCUGACUGCUUUGUUCAGUAAAUUUGUUGAGCAAGUUCUUCUUUACUUCCUGAAAGCAUCAGUUUGCAAGAGAUUAUUUUGGCAUAUUUAAUUUCUUUUGAGAUAAAGGAUAUUUAAAUACAUGUAUGAAUCUGUCCACUUUCAAUCUCUUGGACACAAAAGAAAAGAAAGCCAACAUUUAAAUAGCGGUCUGUACUGUUUCCUUCUUAGGCAUUAAAACAAACAUUUAAGAUUAAUAAAAUGGAGGACUUCCAGACUUAGUAAUAGUGAAAUAACUUGUAAUGUACAAGCCCUCCCAAUUAUAAACUGUGGGGAAAACAUAAUAAAUAGUUGUCUAAAAGCACUGGGAAAGAACUAAAAGCAUUAUGAGAACUUGCUAAUAAGACUUUUCCCCUCAGAGCAUUCCCCAGGCUGACUUGCAAGAAGUGUCUAGAACUCAAGAAUGGGAGUACUACAUGUUUGAAAGAGGAAUUGGGGGGCUGCUAGAGGAAUUGGAGGAUGAAAUUCUAGAAAUGAAGGUGGCACAGACACAUACAAUACCUUUAAUCUUCGGCUAACUCCUGAAGCAUGCAGCUGAAGAGAAGACAUUAAGCAAAGUUAGUGGAAAAUCAAAUAGUUGGAAUUCUGGAAAAGCUGAGCAGAAACUACUGCUCUUCUUUGCAAGAGAAAGCAGCUUCACAUUUGAAUCUCAGCAAGUUCAUAAGAUUUGAUCAGCACUUUGGGCUUUGCAACAAAUGCUAGAAUUACUGUUUGAAUAAUAAAGACUUUGCAUCCUACAUCUGAGGAUUGUCCAAAAACUAAGGAUA